AUGGGUGUGAGAAAUGACGAGAGACAGACAGGUGGGAGAGGUUACCUGCAUGGAGAACGGGAGGCUGAUGGACAGAAGAGGAGCGUUGCUUAUGACAGGUUGAGCGCUCCCAAGCACUGUAGAGUCUUUGGCUGGCUCCAAGGGCAUGAUACAACUGAUCUAGCAGUUGAUACUGAUAGGAUGAUUCUUUUGUCAGAAUUUACUUACGACCUUGAGAAGAGUAAUGCUCAGACUUUCAAAGCAUUGGACUUGGCAGGCUCUGGUGUUGUUGAUAUGAUCAAGUUUGAUUUCACAUCCAACCAUGGGAGCCCUUCUCAUACUUGCAUCUAUCGCUUGAGGGUGCAUGGUCAUGAACCCACCUCUCUCUCAAUGCAAGCAAUGCAAUCUUGAUGUGGCCAUGUGCUGAUUGCACAGGCAUUCCUCUUGUUCUAUAGUUCUGUUUCUUCUCUUCUCUUUUCUUUUUCUUUGAUAUUUUUUUUUGUUAGGGUUCUCUUGUAGUUUAAUUAUGAAUUGACUGAUCGGGUACUUGUAAUUUUAGAUGCUUCUACAUCUCGUUGUCUUUGUUUUAAAUAUUUUUGUGUGCCUGGUGUUCGGUAUAGGUCUCCG